AUGCGCGAAAUCCAGCCCGCUCAGGCGAGCACCCCGCGGCGCAGCGCUGCGCUGGGACUGCCCGGAGGAAAUGCGCCGCCGUUGCCAUGUGGCUCAGCAAGGCUCUACGACGGCAACAACAACAACUCGCUGCCUCCUUACUCCCAGCUCGACAGCUCAGCCCCCGAGGUGCAAGAGCUCCUGCCGCACCUCGCACUGGAGAACCAGUCCCGGCGACUGACCGCCGACGAGGUCACGGAGUGGCAGCUGCUGGUCACCCGGGCCACGAACCCCCCCUCCCAGCACGCGGAGGAGCCUCAGGACCGCACCACGGCCAUCGAAAUCUCCCCGUCGAGCUCGCCGUCGCCGCCACUGCCGGGGGGUGGCGAAUCGCCGUGGCGCCGCGGACUCCUCGCCCUGCCAAGGUGGCACCGCGGAUCCAGGAGACGGCCGGCCGCCGUCAAAGCACAAAAUCGCAACUGGGCAAAUCGCCUCCGUGACUUGGCGGGUGCCGUUAGGGAGCGGGUGAGUAGGGCCGUGGCAUUUGUCCUCGGGAGACAACAGCGCAAGAGCCCGGAGGAACGUGGCCGGAUACGCGCCUUGGAGGGAUACGCGCGACCCGCUCAGGAAGGAUAUGAGAAGAUGCCAGACGGAUACCGAGAGGGAGGCCAAGUGAAAGCCCGACGCCGCGCACGCCGCGCACUCCUCGGCGAGGAGUGGCCGGGAUUCAGCUGCCCAGCCAAUUACGCACCACCAGUCCACUCCAAAGCUCCUCUCGACUUGGGGAACUUCGCGGCCGAUCCCAAGUUCCAAGCCGACGAUGGAGCCGAGUAUGAUUGCCCAACUGGCUAUGAUUGCCUAGCCGACGAUGAAUUUUCAAUCUACUCUGAGUCCUCAGACGAGCAAUAUUGGGACAUCGAAGAAACGCUAUAG